AUGGCCUCAGCUGCGGUGGAAAAAUCGGAGGAUCCGGAGGCGAAGGACGAUGUUACCCUGCCCAAGGAGCAACCACCUCCAGCGUUCUUCGAAACGAAGACCUUCCGGAUAAUCUCGAUUUUUCUGUAUCUGGGAGGGAUCAGUGGAUUGGGCAUGGUGCUGGCCUUAUACUAUCUUAUCUUCUUCGACUCCGAAAUGCCGGAGAUCCACCUCAAGUUCCCCGUCUCCAUUGGCGGCCAUCCGGUGCAGAAGUUGCACGACUACCAGUGA